AUGAGGCCAGUGAUCAUCAUCUUUCUUCUUGCAAUUCUGGUUACCAUGAUGCCAUUAGGUAAUGGCCUCCCUGAUGACCAAAGCCCGGAAGCGGUCGAAAAAUGGUUCCAAAAACUUCCUCAGGCGAAACACCAACUGACAAAGCUUCACUUCUACCUUCACCUAAAAUUCACAAGCGAUCCUCCGGUGAGCAUCCCGGUUGCUCGGGCCAAUACCACCGCCAAGUCGCCGACAUUAUUCGGACAAGUGAACGCGUUGGACGGCCCGUUAACAGAACAACCGGACUCAUCAGAAACCAUUGGUUAUUCCCAAGGCCUGUACUCAUCCACCUCGCAAGAAGAAAUUAGUCUCCUGGUGACUAUGAGUUACGUAUUCGUCGCCGGUGAGUAUAAUGGCAGCACUCUUAGCGUUUUGGGCCGUAAUCCGGUGAGAGAAAAGUACAGGGAGAUUCCGAUUGUUGGCGGGUCAGGUGAUUUCCGGUUGGCCCGUGGGUUCUGCACGUAUAGCACUCUCUCUGAAAUUGCCAACCCGAAGGAUGAAAUCAUUGAAAUUACGUGUUUCUUCCACCGUUAUGUUAUUUCUGGUGGAGAUUGA